UCCUCCUAAUCAGAGGGGGCGCUGUAUUUGUGUUUGUGUUAAACCGUCAGCCAUCUGCCGCAGUUACUUUAGCUCCAGUGAGGAUGGAAAAUGGAGGACAGACCCAUGAGAUAACCCAGGCGUAAACGUCGUUAUUUGUGAACUGCUGGUGUUCAAAAAAUUUGAACUAAAAACAAAAAUGGGGCACUAGAAGAUUCUUCCCAGGACGACAGCACAUCACGAGGACUUAGACCUUUCUGUUGCUCAUCAUUUGCAAAGAGCCAAAUGCCAGUUGAGACAGCAGCCAAUAUGUCAGAAAACCGUGCUGUACGGCGCAGUGGAAGACAGGCUAAGCGUACAGACAAACUUGAGGAAUUCCUAUUGACUGCCAAAAGAGGAACAAGAAAAAACUUUCCUGUCUCCUUAGAAAGUGGUGAUCCUCCUUCCCAAAGCCCAACUGAUGCAGAGACUACAUCAGAGGCCAGCUUUGAUGGAAGUGCUGAUAACAAAGCUUUAGAGUCUCCAGAAAGAAAGACAAGAACCAGGACAAGGAAGUAUAUUCCCAGGAAAACCCGAAGUAUUAGGCAGACAAGACGAAGUGGUGCAGGCAAUGACCAGGCAAGCUCUGAGAAUGAGGAUGACAGCAAAGACUGUGCUAUGACUGACCAAUCACAGGGUGAAAAUAUAGAGGAAAGUGUUAAACAAAGUGACACAAGUUGUGAAAAUGUAGUGAGUACAACUACCACAGAGUCUUCUCCACAGCUUGUUGCUGACAGUAACAAGAUUGAGGAAAAAGACACGCAUACUGAAGAGCAGGAUAAGGCAGAUACAGAGGACGAGACUUCGGAAAAUGUGGACAAGCCUGCAACAAUGGUUGUAAAACGUGGGCCAAUAAGAACCUAUGUGAAUAAAAAAAAGGCAACUAGUAAGAAUACUGCUCCUGCUAAAACUCCUGUUCUUGUGAACAAGGGCAUGGCUCCUCUCAAGAGGGAAACUAAACCAGCAGCACCCCAAGCUGCUGGAAAACCUCAGGAGGUCAACACUGAAGAUGAUGACGAUGAGGAAAAUGACUCCAUAUCAUCCUCAUCUUCAUCGUCCAUUGAGUCUGAUGAUGGAGGAUAUGACCCCGAUGCGCUUUACUGUAUCUGUCGGCAAAAACAUAACAAAAGGUUUAUGAUCUGCUGUGACCGGUGUGAAGAGUGGUUCCAUGGAGACUGUGUGGGCAUAACUGAGGCUCGCGGCCGUCUAAUGGAGAGAAAUGGGGAGGACUAUGUCUGUCCUAACUGCACUGCUAAGAAAAACCAGGUGGUCAGACCUGCAACAUCAGCUCUGACCGUGAAUAAGAAUGAGAUUCAUCAACUUCCUAAAUCCACUUCCCCUUCUGUUGAAAUGUCUGCAACUGCUGAUCAGACCAUGACCACUCUUCCAUCAUCAUCUGAGGAUAAAGUGUCGGAUGAUGUUGGCAUUAAAGGCAGAAUAGAGAAAGCUUCUAACCCAACUGGGAAAAAGAAGAUAAAGAUCUUUCAGCCGCAGGCAAUGCAGCAGACACAGCCAAAAGCAGCCCAGAAGCUCUUGGCGGUGAGGGUGACCAAUGCCGCGUCCACAACAGAAGAGCAGAAAGCAGCGCCACCCACCGAGGGCAAGGUGGAAUCCAGUGUGGUGAUAGAAACGGCACAAGCUGCAGUUGGGGGAGAUGAAGAGUCCUCGCUUCCCAAAUGUAUUGGACCUGGCUGUGAGAACAAUGCCCAGCCUGAUUCUGUGUACUGUGGGAAUGACUGUAUCCUGAAACAUGCUGCUGCAGCCAUGAAGUCAAUGACUGACGUCAAAGAGCCCAGUCAGAAGGAAGAGACUAAGAAAACCAAGUCUUCAGCAAAGAGAGACACUCCUGGUACAAAGCAGCAGCGGCGGAAGAAGACGACUCGGACAGAGUCGGACUCUGAUGAAGACUACAUCCCUGAUUCUGAUGAGGACGACGAAGAUGAGCAUGCUGUGGAACAACCACCCCCACCAAACACAGCAUCAUGGUCCAGCGACCAUAAUUACAUUGCAGUAGCACCAGUACAGACUGCACCGAUAUCAUCAACAACAGUAUUAGACAAAAAGUCAUGUUCUGAGGAAGAGAGUCCCGCUGAAGAGGAAUUGAAAGAAAAGGAUCAUAAAGAGAAGGAAAAAGUUGCAUCUCUUGAGAAACCUCCAGUGCCUUCAACACCAGUCACUAGAACCAAGAGAACUCCAGAAAAGAAGAAAACCAAAACUUCUAUGGCCACUAAAGUUUCACCAAAGGGCAAAAAGAAAACAGUUAAAUCUAACACCUCAAAGAAAUCUGCAUCACCCCCAACUAAACCUGCAACAAAGUCCAAGAAACCAGCCACCACUGCCCCAACCUCCUACCCGACCGGUCCAAUCCACAUCACAGGCGCCUUGAGGGUCAUGAAAUCCAACUUUACUAUUCCCAAGAAACAACCCCAACAGAAGGAUUCUCGUUCCAGCAGUACUUCAUCCUCGUCAUCAAAAGUCCCAGUUCCUUCAUCCCCCUCCAGUCACACACAGACUUCAUCAUCCAGAACUCCCCACCCCUCGCCAUCCCCAGUCCCACCUCCUGUCAACACUGUGAUGAGGCAGAAUAUCCGUCGCUCUCUCACAGACAUUCUAUAUAAAAGGGUUUGUGAUAGUGAUGAUCUAAAAAUAACUGAGGCCGAAGUUGCAAAGCUGUCCAUUGCAAUUGAAAAGGAAAUGUUUAACCUCUGCCUCCAAACUGACAGCAAGUACAAGAACAAAUACAGGACCCUCAUGUUCAACCUGAAAGAUCCCAAAAACAAAGGACUUUUCUACAAGGUGAUGAAUGAUGAGGUUAAUCCCUACCGUUUGGUUAGACUGAGUGCUGAAGAAAUGAUUUCCAAAGAAAUCUCUGAGUGGAGAAAACCUGAAACUUCGGAGUCUUUGAGUUCAAGGGCCAAUUCAGGCAAGUCCAGAAUGAGCAACAGGCAGGACUUGAAUUCUCACAGCAUGGAUACAGAGGACGCUCCACCUGCAUCAGAUGAUCUGGAGGAGUCUGGCUCUACUCCUUUGGGCUCAGUUCAGUCCUCUGCUGCUGCAGUGACCAGCAACAUGCCAGACAUUUUAACUAAUAUGCUCAAAGACACCACUUCAGAACACAGGACUCAUCUGUUUGACCUCAACUGUAAAAUAUGCACUGGUCAGAAGUCAGAAAAUGAGCCAGCAUCAAAAAAGGCAAAACUGAGCAUUAAGCCUGAGAGUAAGACACCAGCACAAGAUCCAUCCAAGCUGGAUGAUACUUCUUUGAUGAGUCAACCACAGGACUCAGUGGCCCAAGAACACUCAGAAAAGUAUAAUGUGGGCGACCAAGAAGCACAGCAGCAGCUUUACCAGGAGGACCUCAGCUUACCUUUACAUCCUAUCCAGCCUCUCAGCCUUCCUACUCCGACUGUUUCCUCCGUUAGCAUCACCCGUAGAGACCCACGCAUGGCUAGGCACAGUUCAAGUGUGACUGUGACCCAUACAGCUGCAGAGAAGCCAGCCAGCAACCUAACACAACCAGUGCCCCUGCCCAUUAUCCAUCCAGUGGAUGUUGGAGUAAAAGCACAGCUUCCAAUGCCUCCAGUGUUGCCAUCUUCAGUAGCUGUCAUUAAAUCGGCAAAAACAAGCACCACUGCUGAGUCUUCCCCAGAAGGAGAGACAGCAAUUUUCUUACACGGUCAAGAAAAGAUUUGGACUGGAUCUAUUGACAUGCAGACUGUGGCUAAGUUUGUGACCAAGGCUUACCUAGUGUCUGGGUCAUUUGAACACCUAAAAGAGGAUCUGCCAGAGACUAUACACAUUGGAGGACGAAUCCCUCCAAAUACAGUCUGGGAUUAUGUUGGAAAGCUAAAAACGUCACUUUCAAAGGAUCUGUGUCUAAUUCGUUUCCAUCCAGCUACAGAAGAAGAGGAGGUGGCGUAUGUUUCUCUUUACUCCUACUUUAGCAGCAGGAAAAGAUUUGGUGUGGUGGCUAACAACAACCAGCGCAUCAAAGACCUCUAUCUCAUCCCCCUGGGCUCAAAGGAUCCUUUACCAUCCAAACUACUACCUUUUGAUGGGCCGGGGCUUGAACCUGCUCGUCCCAAUCUCCUUUUGGGAUUAUUAAUCUGCCAGAAGGACAGAAAACGUUCUGGUGCUCUGUUGGAACCAGAGGAAAAACGACCCAAGACUCAAACCAAAGACAUAGACAUUACUGGUCUGCCAAAGCCCUCUAGAGCAGAAAGAAGUGCACGACAGAGUCAAAAAAUUCUUCUUAGCACUACUCCUCCAGGAUCACCUCCUUCUGGUCCUUCUGAGACCCCGAGCGGCAAUAUUAUAGUCCCACCAGCUAUCUCCUUACUGCCUUCAACUAAAGCAUCAUCUUUGUUAACUUCCACUACUACUGACCCCGCAUCCUCAAAUACUUCUGUCUCUUCCACUGCACCCGCUGCCACUCCUCUUCAGACCAUUCUAAACCUUUUAAAGAAGACAAAGCAUGACUCGGAUGCUUCAAACUCUCCAUCCGAACAGAUUGGGGAACCCUCCAUUCCUGCAACCUCACUACUAGAUCCAAUUGUUAAGCAGUAUGCUCAGACCCCUAAAAACAACCCUGUGGAAGAAGAUGAAGAUGACCGGCCUUAUGACCCAGAGGAAGAGUAUGAUCCAAGUCGGGGUUAUAGUUUUCCUAAGACAUCUGCUGAAUUGGCAUGCAAACCUGUUGUUAAGCAGCCUGAGGAGGUUGAACUUGAAGCAGAUGAUGUAGCUUAUGACCCAGAAGAUGACUCCAUUUUUGAAGAUGUCAAGUCUUUGCUCCCUGUUCAAGCUCAGUCUGCUGACAGUUGUAUAGCUGACCCACAGAAGAUCCUGGAGAACCUUAAAAAGAUUGGGGAACAGCAAUUGCAGAACAGGGAAAAUGAGAAAGUGCCAAAUUUGGAGACACCAGCUGCCCCACAGACUCUCACAGACUCGCUUUUAUCUCAACCAACAAAAUCCCUUUUGGCCAAUAGCCAAUUACUUCAGCUCGGUAAAAAAGUGGAGGCACUAGUAAAGUCUUCAACUAUUGCUCCCUUGAUCAAUCAGAGCAGAGAUCCUCGCCAAAGCAGAGAUCCUCGUCAGACGUCCAAUGACUGGAAUCUUACUAAUGAACAGGGGGAGAAAGAUGUGACAUCUGCUCCACUGACAGAGCCUGCUCCUGGUUCAGAGCUACAGCUGACUGGUGCCGUAGACAAUCACAACCCAUCACAAGACAAAGUAAUGGAGCCAUUUCAGGAGAAAGACAAAGGUGAUGACGAUCUUAGCUUCAUGGAGUCAGACCAACCAGAGGUAUGCAUUCCAUUAUUGGGAGAGAAAGUGGAACCUGACAUUGAGGUUAAAUACAUGGAUGAAAAAGUGAUGAAAACUGAGGAAACUGAGCCAGUGAGCACAGAAAUGGAAAUGCAUAAGUAUAAUAUUUGGCCAAACACUGCUAAAAUUGUAAAAGCUGAUGAUGACUUUGAUUAUGAGGAGGACAGCAAAGACACAGCAGAAGAAGACUACUACAAAGAGCCAGAAAACAGCAACAGCAUAACUUCCACCAUCCCAGUGAUCACUCAGAGCAAGGAAGUUGAGACCCAGCCCCACCAUGUAUCACAUCACAUGACUGCACCUGGUUUUGACAGUGAGUACAGACCUCGUUCUGAUAGCCCCCCCAAAUGUAACUUUUCCCUAAAUGUUCCAAUGCAAGGACCAAACUUGAUGAUUAGGCCUCCACCGAUUACCAUGCCACCACCCAUGCAAGGUGUUCCUCCAAUGACAGGACCUCCUCCGAUGCAAGGACCUCUACCCCCAAUGCGCAUUCAUCCCCCUGUACGUGGUCCUCCUCCAAUACAAGGGGAUGGCAGUCAGCAGUAUGGCCCACUGCGGAGUUCAUACAACCCCUAUCAAAAUCAGUGGCCAAGACCUCAGCCACCACUGCAGCAGCAGCCUCCUCAUGGACUACCUCCACAGAAUAUCAUGCCACCCAGAGGACCACCACCACCAUUUCCUCCUGUUGGCCCAAGAGGACCUUCUCAAAUGUUUGAUCCCUCAAUCCCUCCGCAGCACAUGAUACAACAAGGUCCACCUCCUAGACUCCCUGCACCCCCUGUUUUUGAUGGACCAGGCAACUUACCCCCACCGAGAUUUGCAGGUCCACCACCACCUUUUACUUUCCCUGCAAAUAGAGGCCCCCCUACACCAUUCACAGUGCCACCUCCUGGUCAUUUUGAUAGCAGACCUUUUCCAUCCCAUUUCCCUGGACCUAGGGGAGCCCCACCAUCUCAGUAUAGUGACAUCAAAACCCAACCUCCAAUGGUUGAACAAUCUCGUGGCCUAGCUGGUUUCUACAACAAGGAUGCAGCAAACUCUUACAAAAUAAAUGUUGAUCAGAAUAUAAAUCCUUCGCAUAUUUUUCAAGACAAUCAGGCCACACCACCAGGUCCACCAUACCGUGGGCCUCCAACUAACCAGUAUGAGGACAGGCGAGGUCCCCCUGCUUGUGGGGAUAUGGGUGGACAACACUUUAAUCUACGCAACCAGUAUGAAAAUUCCAGGCCACACUCGCCACCACACAGGGUAUUUGAUGAACAGAGAGACAGAGGUUCUCUGCCUCAUGAGUCUCGACCACAUUCCUCUCUGCCGUUUGGAGGAUCUGAGCGAUAUCGUUUUGAUAGACAUUCAGAUGAGGCCAGACCUGUGUGUGAACCUCCACUGUCAACUCCUCCAGAGGCUUCCAUGAGCACUCCAGGGCACAUGGGACGCCACAGUCCAGACCUGCACAGAGAAGACCUCUGGCAUCGUCACUCUCCUGAAUUCAGAAGGCGGAACAGCACCAAUCAGAAAGAGUCAGAAACUCAUGGUGGAACAGGACAUAGGGAAUCACCAAUGGGUUCCUUGCAACCCUCUGAAGACAGGCAGAGGGAUUUGUCUGAAGAUCACAGGAUGGAAAGAGAGGCUUCACAUGUGAGUAGGCCACCAUGGGAUAGAGGACAGGGAAAGCGAUGGAGCAGAGAGCCUGAGUGGGACAAAGGCAAAGACAGAGAGCGGGAUCCAGAUCGAAGCUGGGAAAGGGACCGCAGCAGAGGGCGAGAAAGUGAUCGGCACAGGGAGACUGAGGCUCAUCGAAAUAAAGAUCAAGAGUCUGACAAGAGGCGAGAUAGAGAGAGAGAUAGGGCCAAGGAGAGAGAGUCUGACAGAAGAGACCAUGAACGGGACAGAGGCAAGAACCGUGAACGAGAACGAGAUCGGGACCGAGACCGCCGUGAACGAGAUAGGAGACGGGACAGAUCUAGAAGCAAAGAGAGGUCACAGGACAGAGAACGUGACCGUGGCAAAGAGCGAGGCAAGGACAGAGAUCGUGAAAAAGAAAGAGAGAGGGACAAGGAUAGGGAGAGGGACAAAGAUAGGGAGAGGGACAAAGAUAGGGAGAGGGACAAAGAUAGGGAGAGGGACAAGGAUAGGGAGAGGGACAAGGAUAGGGAGAGGGACAAGGAUAGAGAGAGGGACAAGGAUAGAGAGAGGGACAAGGAUAGAGAGAGGGACAAGGAUAGAGAGAGGGACAAGGAUAGAGAGAGGGACAAGGAUAGAGAGAGGGACAAGGAUAGAGAGAGGGACAAGGAUAGAGAGAGAGACAAGGAUAGAGAGAGAGACAAGGAUAGAGAGAGAGACAGAGAUCGGGACAGAGACCGGGACAGAGACAGAGACAGAGACCGAGAUCGCAAAGACACAAACAAGACUCGCGAAAAGAGAGAUGAGCGAAAGGACAGUAAAGAUACAACAAAGGAGGCUGAUAAGUCUAUGGACAAAAAAGGGUCUUGAGCAAAUUCAGUCUCAUUACCAGUCAGAACCAUGUAUCUUGUUAAAUUUCUUUUUGUAUUUCUGUAAUACAAUGUUUUUUUGUUCCCUUAACAUUACAGAUUAUGUGCUUAAGGACAAAAAAGACUGAAUGGCAUUUAAGUUUAAUGUCUAAAACUGUCACCAAACCCUCCUAUAUUAAUACAAUAUCUGCGUCAGUGUCUUUUUUAAACCAGUAAAACUUAAUCUUUUUUCAUCUUGUAAAUAGAAAAUUAUUUGUGUACAUACUGGUGUUUUUAAUCUUACUUUUCCAAGUAGAGAAAAUAAAAGCCAUAUAUGUGAGAUGGACUAUGUGAAAGCUAAGACGACGAGUUUUUACCGGGAAUCAAGCAGCUUUGACUGAAAAAAAGCUGUACUUUUCUUUAGUAGUUACUACUUUAACAAUUAAUGAAUGUCCUAAGAUUGUUUCACCACCACUAAUUAAGCCUGUUUGACAUUUACCUGCUUGUUCCAUCAUGUCUUUUAAUUAAAAAGGAAUACAAACUGC